AGGAUUUAUCACACAGGGCUGUGAGGCAAGAGACACGAAGACCACCAGAGAAGGAAGAGUUCCUCGGAUGUGCCCCCUCACAGAGAGAUGAAGGGGCAGCAGAAAACAGCUGAAACAGAAGAGGGCACAGUGCAGAUUCAGGAAGGUGCUGUGGCAACUGGGGAGGACCCAACCAGUGUGGCUAUCGCCAGCAUCCAGUCAGCUGCCACCUUCCCUGACCCCAACGUCAAGUACGUCUUCCGAACUGAGAAUGGGGGCCAGGUGAUGUACAGGGUGAUCCAGGUGUCUGAGGGGCAGCUGGAUGGCCAGACUGAAGGCAGUGGAGCCAUCAGUGGUUACCCUGCCACCCAAUCCAUGACCCAGGCGGUGAUCCAGGGUGCGUUCACCAGUGAUGAUGCAGUUGACACAGAGGGGACAGCUGCCGAGACACACUAUACUUAUUUCCCCAGCACUGCAGUGGGAGAUGGGGCAGGGGGCACCACAUCGGGAAGUACAGCUGCUGUUGUUACUACCCAGGGCUCAGAGGCACUACUGGGGCAGGCCACCCCUCCUGGUACUGGCCAAUUCUUUGUAAUGAUGUCACCACAAGAAGUGUUGCAAGGAGGAAGCCAGCGCUCCAUUGCCCCCAGGACCCACCCUUAUUCCCCGAAAUCAGAAGCUCCCCGGACAACUCGAGAUGAGAAACGCAGAGCUCAGCAUAAUGAAGUGGAACGACGCCGUCGAGACAAGAUCAACAACUGGAUUGUGCAGUUGUCCAAGAUCAUCCCAGACUGUUCCAUGGAGAGUACCAAAUCUGGCCAGAGUAAAGGUGGAAUUCUGUCCAAAGCCUGUGAUUAUAUCCAGGAGCUUCGGCAGAGUAACCACCGGUUGUGUGAGGAACUACAGGGGCUUGACCAGCUGCAGCUGGACAAUGAUGUGCUCCGACAGCAGGUGGAAGAUCUUAAAAACAAGAACCUGCUGCUACGGGCUCAGUUGCGACACCAUGGAGUAGAAGUCGUCAUCAAGAAUGACAGCAACUAACUUUGGGGAUUCAGGGACUUCAGGCCCUACAGCCCCUUUCUGAGAACUGCAGAUGGCUCAGGAGCACUGGGCUAGCCCCAUGCCCCUUUCUUUCACUGCCCAUUUCUGGCAUGGGCUCAGGGGAGUUCAGAAAACAUGUCUUUGAACUGAGGUCCUGUGAUACAGCAGUCUGCAGUGGUGUGAAACACCCAUGUGGAUCACCUCGCCCGAUCCCACCAAGCAGCCCCUGGGCCCGUGUGCUUUCCUGGCAGUGCAUGUGCCCUCACGAUGAUGGAUACUGGACACACUAAACUGGAGGGCUUGUCUUGUGCUUGCUUAGAGUGCCCAGCAGAGGGUCUGCUGACAGGUGGCGCUCUGGCUUGUUCCAUGGACUCCAGCACUUCCACUGGUUCUUCCUUUCCUUGGAGCUGAGGUUCCCAUGUGGACCUGGUGCUCUGGGGAACAGAACAGGCUUUAGCAAAAAGUGGGAGAAGGGAUGUCUGGUAAUAGCUGCUGCCAGGGGAAGAGGAACCUGGCUAGCAAGCAGCUAAGGCCUAUGCAGAAGUCUCUGGAGCCAGGGAGAACAACAGGCAGGGGCCCACUUGGGGCCUUCCCCCUUAUGGGGGAGUUUUCUUUUUUUCCUUAUUAUUAUUAUUUUUUUUAAACAUAAAAUUGUUUAAAGCCA